CACAACAAAGCAACAGCAGAACUGCGUCCUUUCCCGCACAUACUGAGGGAACUAUGGCUUUUUAAAUUGAUAACUUCGUCGACCUAACAAUCUCUGUGCUUUGCUGUUGCAACGCACUCCAAACCAACAAGAAAUUCAGCAAGAAUGGAGUCUCACAAUGCUCCCCCUGCUCUGUCCACUGUGGCUCGUCCCUCAAAAUCUCACGCGUUGUGUACGUUUGACGUGUUGAAUCGAAACCGAAGAAAUGAUGGCGGCGUCGGCUCCUCUCUGGAAAACUCCUCUCGUUUGCCCGGUAGACCCCCUCGCUCUCUCUCCCCGACUGGCUAACCCCAACCAAUCACAGGGACGGAGGGGGGAGGAGUCAGCUGAGAGCCAGCACUUAAUUGGUGAUGGUCUUGCUGACUGGAUGACGGAAAAAGUUGAUUUUUCCUCUUACCUUCCUACUUCUCACUCCUCUCCCAGCUCGUCCCUUCCCCCCUCACCCCCUCAACAUGAUGUGCAGGUCCCCUCUGACUUGGAGGUCAUGACAUCUCUACUGCAGGAGGAGCUUGCUCAACUGGAGGAUUACUUCCUGUCCGAAUCCACCCCAAAGAGAGCGGAGAAAUUGGAAAAAUGUGACAAAGUUCCCCCAGCAAUGGGGCCACAGUCUUACUACCAGCUGCCAUACGCGUCUUACGGCUCCAGCCAAUCAGACUCGAGCCCGCUUCUUGUUACCCUGGCAACUGGGGAACUCGACCUGCUGAGCUUUUGCGGCGGCCCCAUUGGCCGACCCAAAACGCCUCGACCCGUCCCUUACAACUGCAGUCGUCCGAACGGCAACGGUCGAAAGAGAGUUUGCGACGGGCUGAAGGUCGGUGAGGGGUUGGAGAAUAUCUGGAGUUCCAAAGGCAAUAACUCAGGUAGCGCAGACCCAGCAGGUAGCUACUGCUGUGUGGAGGAGGAGAAGGCUGUAGGCAAGGGGUACUGUUUAGGUAGCGCGGUCAAGAUUAGGGACUGCGCCAUUUUGUUGAAAGAGGAAGAGAAUUACUGUUUUGCGGAGGAUGUGUGUAGCGGGGAGAAGAUGGGAAGGGGGUACUGUGUUGGGGCACCGAUGGAGAACCCCCACAGGAAGGAGAGCGGGAUGUUGUACGGGUUGAAGGAUAUAAGGCAAGAUGGUGUAGAGCUGGAGACUCUACACGGCGACAGGGCGAGCGAGUCGGAGAUGAUGGCGAGCGAGGGCUGCUACCUCCCGCCCCCGGCCGCCGUGGAGCCCUAUCACGGCUUCCUGGGCGCGGUCGACGAGCACAUGCGGGCGGGGUCGCUGGAGUCCGCCUGCCAGCACGGCGACUACGCCUUCUCCGACUUCCUGGGAGACCAGGGCGGCGAGUGCCUGUCUCGGGGGGACGGGGAGGGCCUGCAGCUGGGCGUGUCCGGCCUCAGGGCCCUCCCCGCGCUGAAGGAAGACCCCUGCGGCGUCAAGCUGAAGGUUGAGCUGGACGGAGGCCCUGUGGAGCCCCCCGGCGUGGAGCGAAAGCAGAAGAAGAGAGACCAGAACAAGACUGCGGCUCACAGGUAUCGACAGCGCAAGAGGGCGGAGCUCGACUCCCUGGAGGAGGAGCUUCACGGGCUGGAGGGGCGGAACCGAGAGCUUCGGGACAAGGCCGAGUCGGUGGAACGCGAGAUUCAGUAUGUCAAAGAUCUCCUCAUUGAGGUGUACAAGGCUCGCAGCCAACGGCAUAAACAAGACGCCACCGCCUAAUGCCCGCGGGCCCCCGCCUCCAGCACUGUAGCCAAUAGAACGACAAAGAAAGAGUUGUUUUGAAAUGUGAUUGGAAGGUGAUGGCAUGCCAUAGGUUGUUUCUUUAUUUUUUAUUUUUUAAAUGUUUGACUAAUUGCUAUGUUCGAAAACACCAAUCAGCUACUUUCUAUCAUAUAACGUACUGCAUAUAACGUACUGAUGAUGAUGUCCGCUAGCACUGUGAAAAUAUCUUUUAGAACAAUAAAAUGUUUUUUUUGUACACCGUCUUCUGCUGCGGUGAUAAUCGCUUCGAGACAGACUUUUCUUCCAGCGCCGUGUGAAAGAGGCCACCCCUCGUUUUCCAGGGCGCGGCCCCGCGUCGGCUCGCGGGCUACACCUCGUGUCGCUCCGCCUGUGUGAGCUCGCUUCCUUUCUUUCCCUGUCCGAAGGCUGCACUGACUGGAUAAACUCAAGCCCCCUCCGGUGUCUGAAGCGCGGGGCUGUUUAAAAAGCAGCUGCCGUUCUAGAACGGGGCAUUCCGCGAAGCUUUUGUUCCGUUGCCCGCGCCUUUAUCCGAGGAUGAGACGCGUGCAACAGGAUUAUCGGACACCAAACCCCCCCCCCCCCCCCCCCCCCCCCGAAAGUGGGUUUGAAGUUAUUCAUUCGUCCCCCAUCUCCCGUUCACAGCUCAAACACCCAGUGCAUGUUUGAAGUCCUCUGAGCAUGUGGGGUUAUAAAUGCGAUGAUGAAGGUUAGAAUACGCUCAUUUCUGUUCGCUGCAUGGCUUUCAUUGCGUUUUUUAGUGGAAUGUUUUCUAAACGAUGCUAUAACGAUGCCGUAGCUUCCGCACACAGUCGCGCUCCAGCUACUUCCAGGCCAGUGCCCACAGACAUCCUGCCCAUUACCCAACUUCAUCACUCUGCUCUUCGCUUUUCUCCACCCGCUAUAUCUGCGAAUAAACAAUCACAAUUCAUAAUCUUCACAGCUAAUGUGAUUUUUUAAAAAACUUUUUCAAUUGAGAAGCGAGGAGGGAAUUUUUAAAAUGUGUUCGAGCUGUUUUUUUUUUUUCUCGGUUUGUUUAUUUUAUAUAUUAUUCACUAGAGUGUGUUUGAUAGCUUGUGAUGUUUUGGCAGCUUCCCCAUUUCAAAUAUGCAGUGUCUGAUCAAUGCCAUUGGUUCCAUCAACUUUAUUAUUAUUUUUUUAAUUUGGUCCAUAGCAGAGAGUAAAAUUGAAUACUAUGUUACCCAAAUCACUUCUCAUUGGAAAAUACAUGUCAUUCCAUAUAAAAUGAAAGACAAAUGUAUGCAUUUGUUAAACUGCAACCAAAUAACAGACUUACCCAGCCCUAUCAGUUAUUUAUUUUUCAGUUCUAUGGAAUGACGUUUAUUUUUGUGCAAAUGCUGCAGGGAUUUAGCCUGUCUGGCAUGCAUUCAUUCAAUGCCGACGAGAGUUGAAAUUUCAGACACAAGACAGGACACUGCAUAAUUUGAAAUAUGCUUUGACACAUAUUGGCGAUGUACAAUCAUUGGAUUUGAAUAGCUAAUAUGCAAUCUAUCGUGUCGUCAUUUCGUGCUGUAUGCUUGAGAUGCUCAGAUAUUUGAGCUAUAUGUAUUUUGCUGUUUUUAUCGCAGGGAAUAUUGUAGGACAAGUACAAUCAUAAAUCACUUUUCUAUCUGAAAUAUUUCUAUGUAACUUCAGAUCUCUGCUUUAUGUAGUCAUCUCUUUUAUCUAAAUAAAGGUAUUUGUGUCUGCACUAAAA